AUGUCUGACAAAUUAUUUAGACUUCAAUGUGGUUUCCAAAACUAUGACUGGGGAAAAAUCGGAUCAUCUUCAGCCGUGGCUCAGUUUGUCAAGAAAUCUGACCCUUCAAUUACCAUCGAUGAAUCCAAACCAUAUGCAGAAUUAUGGAUGGGUACUCAUCCUUCAGUCCCAUCUCAAGCUAUUGGAUUUGAUAAAACUUUACGUGACUUGAUUACUGCUCACCCAGAAGAGUUAUUAGGCGAUUCAAUUAUUAGGAAAUUUGGUUCAUCAAAAGAAUUGCCCUUUCUAUUUAAAGUCUUAAGUAUUGAAAAAGUGUUGUCAAUUCAAGCUCAUCCAGAUAAAGCUUUAGGUGCUCAAUUACAUAGCCAAGAUCCAAAGAAUUACCCCGAUGAUAACCAUAAACCAGAAAUGGCCAUUGCUGUUACAGACUUUGAAGGUUUCUGCGGAUUUAAGCCAGUUGAUCAAUUAGCUUACACGUUGGAAACUGUUCCUGAAUUGAAACAAAUCAUUGGUGAAGAAUUGAUUAAGGAAUUUGUUACUGGUAUCAAACCAACUGUUGACGUAGGUACACAAGAUGACAAGACAAACCGUUCCUUGAUUCAAAAGAUUUUCAGCAAGUUGAUGAAUACAGACGAAAGUGAAAUAAAUAAACAAGCUGCAUCUUUGAUUCAGUCUAGUCAACUGCAUCCAGAAAUCUUCACCAAAAUUGAUCCAAGAUUACCUGAAUUGAUUCAAAGGUUACACAAGCAAUUCCCCAAUGAUAUUGGAUUAUUCUGUGGAUGCCUUUUGUUGAAUCACGUUGCUUUGAACAAAGGAGAAGCCAUGUUUUUACAAGCCAAAGACCCACAUGCUUACAUCAGUGGAGAUAUUAUUGAAUGUAUGGCUGCUUCGGACAAUGUCGUACGCGCUGGAUUCACUCCUAAAUUCAAAGAUGUCAAGAACUUGGUCGAUAUGUUGACUUAUGCUAGCGAACCAGUAGAGAAGCAAAAAAUGCAACCAAAAAAAUUCCCAAGAUCUACUGGUGAUGCCAUUACUGUCAAUUUAUUUGACCCACCAAUUGAAGAGUUUUCUGUGUUACAAACCGUAUUUGAUAAAAACGGAGGUAAGCAAUCUUACAAAUCAAUCGAAGGUCCAUCCAUCAUAAUUGCCACUAAUGGAUCUGGUUUGAUCAAGAUUGUAGGUAGUCAGAAAUGCGAAAAGAUUGAUACUGGUUACGUAUUUUUCGUUGCACCAAACACUGAGAUUGAAUUAAUUGCUGAUGGUGGUGAUGAACAAUUCACCACCUACAGAGCAUUUGUCGAGGCAUAA